UUUGACGGCGUAAGCUCUGGUGACUGCCCCGCAUACACGAUCGUCGCCGACCACGUGGCGAGGCCAUGGUGGCCGUGGCAGCAGACCAUUUCCAGGUUUAACGACUAACUGCUAUAACAUUGUCACGCGAACAGAGUGGCGGCAGCUCCGGCGGCGCAAUGCUCUCGGGGUAGCGCGAGCAUGAUCCAGCCAUGGAAGCUCUCAAUGGCGUCAAGAAGAGGCAUUUCAGGGUAGAGGGUUUCCAGUGGCCCUUCUCGCGCGUGGCUAUGGAGUGGAGGCCUGGCGCCGGCACCGCCAAGCGCAAGAAGAUCUCCAGCGACAUCAAUGUCGCCACUCCUCCUCCUCCUCCUUUACUUCCUCACCCUUCCUCACUCCUCUCCCUCCGGCAGCUCAAUCACUCACCACCACCGCACGAUCCAAACUUUCUCCGCGCGCUCCAGGCCAAUGCUCUUCGGACAAUGUCGGUGAAUGGGAAGGGCUUCCUAUCGAAUCCUUGGUCGAACAGGGCAGCUUGGUCCAGGGUCGGGUCGAAGAAGGAUCACGGUGGGGAUUUGAUGAACAAGAAGAGGCAGCUGGAGCUGUGGGACUUGGCGGGGUUCUCUCGUGAGAAGUUAAAGCUUCUCAAAGAGAUUGAGGCGCUCAUCGACUCGGAGGAGAAUGCUUUGAACAUGGAAGCUUCUGCUAAGGCCGCGGAAGGACGUCUUCGAAGCUUGCUGGAUAUCUGCGUAUGCUCUCAAUGCCAGGAGAAUAUAGAGAACAGGAUAGCUCUACAAAGCGUGAGAACCAAAGGUUUGGACGAUGGCAAGGUUAUUUCAGCAAGAACGAAUGUAGCGACUGCAAAGCAAGAGGAUCAGACAGCACCAGCGCUGGAAGGUCCCAAAACCACGAAGCUUCCAGAAACGAUGAAGAGAGAUUUCACGAAGCAGGAGUCUCUCGAAAAGGAAAAAGAGAAGGAGAGGCGCUUCUUUCUUGGAAAUGUGAAAGAAGCCAUGGAGCGUGACCGGGUUGCGCUUGACAACUUUCUGCAGAAGCAGAGGCUCAAGCAUGAAGUGUCUAAGCAGAAACUUGGCGAGGUGAAGGGGAGCUUUCUUGGGAAGUAUCUGAGCUUUCUUGACAACUCACUGGACGAUGCUCUCCAAAAGGACGAUUUAAGCGACAAGCACGACCAGGAUUCAGAAGGUUUGGAGGAUCCUUCCAAACUUCGCAAGGAUUAAACUCCUGAGCUGGAACGAUCUUCUGAAAAGUCAGAUGAAGUAACCGCGCGAACUUAACUUAGCUUUGCUGGCGCCGCCUUGUCUAGACACUAGAAAACGGAGGACAUGCCUCGUAGUGAACUGAAGCCAAUCCGGCAGCCAGAUUGCGAGAAGGCUGGUAGACCGCUUAAACCGAAUCGCCACGAGGAGUUUGCGGGAACCAAGGCUUAAGCACUUCCAUAGGAGUUCUUGACAGAGAGAUCAGGUGUCAUGCUGCCAGGCUGCUAGGAUUGUCUUCCAGACAACCUCUACAUCCAAGACGUUUGAUCGGCUUGGAUCGAACGUAACAAGAAGAAUACUCCAGGAUUUUAUGUGAUCCAACACCUCCAGAUGGUCAAUGUGAUCUUUCUUUCAGUAAGAUAUUUUUCUUCACUGGCUA